AAAAUGUGUGGCUGAGUGGGACCAACUGUACAGUUAUCCGGCAAACUCCGGUCACGUAAUCCUUCUGGAAGUGAACCACCACCUGCUGCCUCCUCCAUGCGCAGCCUCUGUCUCGACCGCCCGCCCUUUUCGAGACCUCCUGUUCAAUUUUGAGGAAUAAUUUCUCUACUACAAGGCAUUAUCUUUGACCUGGGAAAGGCUACUGUACAAUCUGCUCGUGGUACAGCCACGAAGCGCCAAUUCUGCCUGCUGACUAAGCAACCCUAUGAGUUCUUCCGAGUCUUCCAAGUUUGCGUCAUUUGCGGCAUACGCUCCUCCUCCCGAUGACCCUUCUUAUACCUCUUCGUCGCGCGCUGCAACCCGAGCAUGGUUCCCACCCCAUGCAGAGACUUCCUAUCAGUCGGGAGGAGUACCUUCGUUUGGUACCGCUGUAUCAAGUGGCUUAGGCUCCUCUGAAGAGGUUGAGGGCCAGCAGAAUCAAUGGGAAACGCGGUACGGGCAUCGUGUCGACGUCCUGGCUGCACUAGCGUAUCUAUUUGGACCAAUAUCUGCUUUUAUUCUCCUGAUUAUAGAGACACACAAUGACUUUGUCCGGUUCCAUGCCUACCAGUCGGCUCUAUUGACUACACCAUUAGUGGUUCUCCGGAUCCUGAUGUCUUUGCUGCAAUUUCCCCAAUGGAUGCGGACUUUAUUCACCCUGGUAAUCGCAGGAGUGCAAUUGUACAUGGCUAUUCGGGCUUCUCGCGACGCGUCGCAUAAUGGUCUUGUUAGGUACCAUCUACCCACUAUCGGUCAAGUUGCAGAAGACUGGUUAGCGGACGAAUAGUCAUUUCAGCUUUCGGACUCGAUGGUCAUCAUAAUUUUUAUAAUCAUGUAUAUUGUUUCUGUGCCGAUGGAUAGAAUACCGUAUCGUAUAACACUGGAAGUUAGAAGUUA